ACCUAUAAAAGGCCUGGAAAAUUGGGCUCAGCCUCUUUAGUUCGCAUUUGCUAUGCAUAAAGGCUGAUGAGAAGAAGGCAGAGAAGCUCACCUGAGGAAACCUACUUCAUCCAGAGGUUCCCAGUCUGCUCGUGAAUAUGUUGGUUCGCUUCUGGCUUCUCUGUGGUCUGAGCGCUGUUGUGGCUGCUCAGGAUGUCACACAGGAAGCCCAAAAAUUUCUGGCAGAGUUCAGUGUGAGAGCAGAAGACAUCAGCUAUGAAAACUCACUUGCCUCAUGGGACUACAACACCAACAUAACCGAGGAGACAGCCAGGAAAAUGAAUGAGGCAGGUGCCAAGUGGGCAGCAUUUUAUGAGGAGGCCUCCAGGAACGCCAGCCGCUUCUCACUAGCUGACAUUCAGGAUGCUGUUACCAGGCUCCAGAUCCAGUCUCUGCAGGACAGGGGAUCCUCUGUGCUGUCGCCGGAAAAAUACAGCAGGCUGAACUCCGUGAUGAACUCAAUGAGUACCAUCUACAGCACUGGGAUAGUCUGCAAAGCCACUGAACCAUUUGACUGUUUGGUGCUGGAGCCAGGUCUGGAUAAUAUCAUGGCCAAUAGCAUAGAUUAUCACGAGCGACUGUGGGCCUGGGAAGGCUGGAGAGCUGAAGUUGGCAGGAUGAUGAGACCAUUAUAUGAAGAGUAUGUUGAUCUUAAAAACGAGGCUGCGAGGCUUAAUAAUUAUUCUGACUAUGGAGACUACUGGAGAGCAAAUUAUGAAACAGAUUAUCCAGAGGAGUAUAAAUACAGUCGUGACCAGCUGAUUCAAGAUGUGGAAAAGACAUUUGAGCAGAUAAAACCUCUCUACCAGCAGCUGCAUGCCUAUGUGAGGCACCGUUUGGAGCAAGUCUAUGGCUCUGAGCUCAUCAGCCCCACCGGAUGCCUCCCUGCACACUUGCUGGGUGAUAUGUGGGGUAGAUUUUGGACAAAUCUGUAUAACUUGACCGUUCCCUAUCCAAACAAACCAAACAUUGAUGUAACUGAUGCUAUGGUUCAAAAGAACUGGGAUGCAAUGAAAAUAUUCAAAUCUGCUGAGGCUUUUUUUGUCUCCAUUGGCCUCUACAACAUGACUGCAGGCUUCUGGACAAACUCCAUGCUCACAGAGCCCACCGACAACAGGAAGGUUGUCUGUCAUCCUACAGCAUGGGAUAUGGGGAAGAAUGACUACAGGAUCAAGAUGUGCACCAAAGUGACAAUGGAUGACUUCCUGACAGCACACCAUGAGAUGGGCCACAUUGAGUAUGACAUGGCAUACUCCGUGCAGCCUUUCCUGUUGCGAGACGGGGCCAAUGAGGGCUUCCAUGAAGCAGUAGGUGAAAUCAUGUCACUCUCUGCAGCAACACCACAGCACCUGAAAUCUCUCGACCUCCUCGAGCCAACUUUCCAAGAGGAUGAAGAAACUGAAAUCAACUUUCUGCUCAAACAAGCACUAACAAUUGUUGGAACAAUGCCUUUUACUUACAUGCUGGAGAAGUGGAGGUGGAUGGUGUUUAAUGGUGAGAUUACAAAGCAGGAAUGGACAAAGCGGUGGUGGGAGAUGAAGAGAGAAAUAGUUGGUGUUGUCGAACCAGUCCCUCAUGAUGAGACGUACUGUGACCCUGCUGCACUGUUUCACGUGGCUAAUGAUUACUCAUUCAUAAGAUAUUACACCCGGACAAUUUACCAGUUCCAGUUUCAGGAGGCACUCUGCAAGGCAGCCAACCAUACUGGCCCUCUUCACAAAUGUGACAUCACCAAUUCUACAGCAGCCGGUGGGAAUUUGAGACAAUUGCUUGAAUUAGGUAAAUCCAAGCCCUGGACUCAAGCGCUGGAAAGUGCAACAGGAGAGAAAUACAUGAAUGCUACACCCCUGCUCCACUACUUUGAGCCUUUAUUUAACUGGCUGCAAAAGAACAAUUCUGGCAGAUCCAUUGGCUGGAAUACAGACUGGACACCAUAUUCUGACAAUGCCAUCAAGGUACGCAUCAGCUUGAAAGCAGCACUGGGAGAUAAUGCGUAUGUGUGGGAUGCAAGUGAGCUCUUCUUGUUCAAGUCAUCCAUUGCCUAUGCCAUGAGGAAAUACUUUGCAGAUGUGAAGAAACAAAAUGUUGACUUCCAGGUUACAGACAUUCAUGUUGGGGAAGAGACACGAAGAGUCUCCUUCUACCUUACAGUCAGCAUGCCAGGUAAUGUCAGUGAUAUUGUGCCCAGAGCUGACGUGGAAAGUGCCAUCAGGAUGUCUCGGGGACGAAUCAGUGAGGCUUUCAGACUGGAUGACAACACGCUGGAGUUUGAGGGCAUAUUACCAACCCUGGCUGCACCUUACGAACCACCAGUCACCACCUGGUUAAUUCUGUUUGGGGUGGUCAUGGGUCUGAUUGUCAUUGGAUUUAUUGUCUUGAUCAUCACUGGUCAGAGAGAUAGAAGAAAGAAAGCAAGAGAAAGAGCAGAAGCAGGAUCAAACCAUGAAGUGAACCCUUAUGCUGAAGAUGGAAGAAGCAACAAGGGUUUUGAGCUAUCUGAAGAUACACAAACAUCCUUUUAGAAGACAUGCUAUCUUGUUUUUGUUUUGUUUUUCAUUUCACUUGCAAGAGUGGUGUCUAACAAGGACCAAAAAACUAUGGAUGUUGUCAGACAAUCAGACAUUGUCAGACUUUGGGUGGGCAACACUAACUUAAUCUGCUGUUUAUGUGGUAACUAGAAAGCAUGCAAAAAUGCAAGACUUUUAUGUCCUGUGUCUUUUCUAUGAAUUAUAUUCGUCAUAGUACAUACUGUCUGUGCUACAUUUCAUAGGUGCGCUGUGUCCCAUUUAUCUUUGUUUCCUCUGUAAUGAGAGAAAAUCUUGGAAGCAUAGAGUUGUAUAUAGCUGAAGACAGAUGAGAGUAACUCACAUGUUUGUGACAGCCCUGAGGAAUACCUUGCCAGAUGGAGAGCUCAGAAGUCUACCUAACAGACACAGAAAAAAAAGGCCACCAGAAAAAUCUUGGUGAUGAACUCAGUUUGGUAUGAUUUAAGAGCAGUUUUUGUACCUUCAGGAAUUUGUGUCAAUGUAAAAUGGAUGUUGAAUGAUGACUAACAAGCACUGGAACUUUGUUAGGAGGCUGUAACAUAAGUUAGUUAUUUUUUUUUAACUGGUUGCUGGGUAAGUACUGUAGAGGCCAAAUAACGUACGUUCCUUCAUAAAUAAAUAAAUACCUAAAUAAUCUGUGUUAUGUUCUUAUGAAAACAUGAAAUAAAUUUCCCUAAUACAUAAUGAUUAGGAAGACAGCUAUUGCCUUUGUGAUACCAAAUACUGUGUUACAAAUGUGGCACAUUACAAAUAUGAAUUGUACAAUUACAUAGGUACUAUUGCUUACUAUAGUAAAUUUGCCAUAUUUACAGUAUUGUAUAAUUCACUAUUAUUAGCACUAUAGUGUAAUUAUUAUUACAAAUGAGUAUUUCACAGACAUAACAGCAGCAUAGAAUAUCUUGAAUUGGAAGAAACCCAAAAGGAUCAUGAAAUGCUGUCACAUAAUUUUAUAUAAUAGUUUUGAUAGUUUGAGAGUUUUUGGUUUUUUUUUUUGUAAAUGUAUGUGUGCAUGUACAGGCAUAUGUUCAUGCAUGCAAACGUAUACAAAAGAAAAGCCAGGCUUGGAACUGGGCAGAAAAUAAGAACUCUACUUCAUGGAAGUGUUUCUACAUUUCAUCACUUUGCACUGUUGCAAAGUUCAGAGCCUCCAAAAUGCAUAAAAAGGCAACCAAGAAAAAAGAAAUCAUCUUCUCCUUGCUUUCACUGCCUGUAUCGGAAACUACAAAAAAUGCUGAUUUCUACACUGAAUGUCUAACUCAUAUGCUUAAAGUUACAUAAAUGAAUCCUCUGUAGUAUUUUAUCGAG